AAGUAUUUUUUUGAUACAUGCAUUUUUCUUUCUUUAUUAUUUGUAAUGAAUUUAGAAAAGUUAAAUAAAUUAAUAUUAAUUAGUUAUCGAAUAAAUAAAUAAAUAAAUAAUUGCUGAGUAAUAUUUUUUGGAUAAUUUCAAUUUUCGUAUUUUUUGGAUUAAGUAUUAACAAUGGAUAGUAAUAGAGAUGAAUCAGAACGUUGUAUAGAUAUAGCUGUCGAAGCCUUAAAUGCUAGUAAUUAUGAAAAAGCUGAAAAAUUUUUAAGAAAAGCCCAAAUUCUUUAUCCAUCACAAAAAGCAACCGAUUUAUUGCAUCAUUUGAAAAAAAUUUAUAACCCAAAAAAUGGUGUACAUCAAAGAAGAAAACCACAAGAAGAAAAAAACAAUACACCACCAGAUCAAGAAAAUUCUCAAACUUAUACCAAAGAGCAAUUAGAUUUAGUGAAAAAAAUUAAUAAGGCUAAAGAUUACUAUGAAAUGUUAAAUAUUACUAAGGAAGCUACAGAUUCUGAAAUAAAAAAAGCAUAUAAAAAAAUUGCUCUUCUAUUACAUCCAGAUAAAAAUAGCGCUCCUGGUUCAUCAGAAGCUUUUAAAUUGGUGGGAACUGCAGUAGCUACCUUAACUGAUCCGAAAAAACGAAAAGAAUACGAUUUUGUAUCAAAAAAUCCGUACAUUACAAACAGAAGAGAAAAUAAUUUUAGCAACGGAAGCGGAUUUUCUGGCUUUCAUCACCAUUUUCACAGUAAUUAUGAAAAUGAUCGUUUUGAAUCUGAAGUAUCACCAGAAGAAUUAUUCAAUAUGUUUUUUGGAGAAUUUCCAUCUCAAGAGAGAAGACGUUUUAAUAGUAGUAAUCAUCAACAUCACGAAACUGGUCCACAACCUAGUUUGGCAUUUGGUCUCAUAUUAGUUUUAAUUCUGAUAUCGAUGUUGUCGUCGUUCUUUACAUCAGACCCACUAUACAGGUUGUCAUAUUCAAAUAAUUACAAUGUUCAAAGACACACAGUUCAUUUAGGAAUACCGUAUUAUGUAAAACAGAGCUUCGCUGAUGAUUACCAAGGUUCUGUAGCGCGUUUAGAAAGUUCAGUUGAAGAAGACUAUAUAAAUACUAUGAAACAAAAUUGUUUCCGAGAAAAAAAUUAUCGUGAAGCUAUGAUAUCAAGAGCUCGGACAUUUGGUUCGCGUUCACAAAUAGCUCAAGCUCAAGCGCUAAAAAUACCAUCCUGUGAAAAUUUAGCAAAAAUUGGAUUGACAAGAUAUGCAAUGUUUUAAUACAAGAUACAGUAUUUUCAUUUGCUUAUGCGACACAAUAUGAAUUGAAAGAAUGUAUGUAUUAUAUGUACAGUACAAAUUUUUUUCAUUUUCAUUUAAUUAAAUUUUUACAUAUUCAUAUAUUAAGUUAAAUUAGAUAAUUUUGUAACAAAAAUGAAUCAGUAUUUUAGAAAAUAUUGUGUCAUUCAAAUGAAUAAUAGAGCUUCAGAAGAUGAAAAAUUACAUGUAUCAUAAGUUUAUCAAAACAAAAGUGAAAGUAUAUCAACAUUAUAAUUGUGGACGUUCAUAAAAAUUAUUUUUUUGUUAUUUUUUGUUGUAAAAUAUUGGUUGUUAAAUUUUAUUAUUUGCAAAAAUUAAGACAAACUUAAUUUAUUUAUGUAUCUAUUAAUUGUUGAAUUUCUUGUUUAAUUUAAAAUAAAUCUUUUAAAUACUGAAUAAAAUAAUUUGAUGCCUU